UAUUUCUCAUAUGAAAUAUUUUAAUGUAGUAAAAUGCGGUUACCCGCCUAUCGACAGCGAGACUCGCUGAGCGAGUCGAUUAAUCGAGACUAGCCGGAACGCCGAGCGCGAACGGCGUGAGCCAUGGCUUUCAUCCCCACCACCUGACUGCCGCCUGACUACCGUCUCGGACUUGGAAAUUGAGACUAUUGAAAGAAAGUUUAUCCUCCAACAUGGUUGUAGCUGGUUGUAGUAUAAAUUUAUUAAUCUUGCAUAUAAUUUUUAUGCAUUUAUUCUGACUUCAAAUCAUCAUUUGAUACUUUCUCUCUCGUUUGAUUUUUGGAGACACCACUCUUAGAGGAAGUCCGCAGCCACAUGACUAAAGAAAACGAGGAAUUUAAUAAGCAAAGCGCUGUGACAUAAUAGAGAAUAAAAUGACAAAUACGUGUGUUGUGUGCAAAAAACAAUUUAUUCCGUUUGAUACAUCUCGAAGUUUUCACAAAUUUCCUGUUAAUGUUGAAAUGAAAAAGAAAUGGAUGGAAGCUAUUGGUGUGACAACGGUUUGUAAGACAGCCAGCAUAUGUAGCGACCACUUCUAUGAAGAUUCAUUUCAUCAGACUGAUGGAUAUACAAUUUUGAGACGUUUAGUAUCAACUGCUGUCCCUUUUAAUCGAAACGGUCAAUUAUCUUCACCAAUCAACAACGUACCUACUCAAAUACUUGAUGACAUAACAAAUCAUCAAGAUACGACAAUAAGUGUCGAAAAUACAUUUUCAACAAAUACGAAUACUAGUGGCUUUGAGACACAUAAUCAUUUAAGAUCCAGAAAUAGUAUUAAAAGAAAAUCAUCUGUCGUCAACAUUCACCCAACAAAAUUUUGUUUUAUGGUCGGAAGUCAGUCAGAGUUUUUUCCAAAAGAGCACUUUGCUUCAGAUGAAGCUUGGGAGCGAUUUGUAAGAGUUAUGGCUGCUGAAAAAUCUAAAAAAUCUGCUAUCCAUAUGAAGUUAACUAAAAAAGAAAAAAUAAAUACUAAUAUAAGAGAACUAAUCAAAAUCAUGAAAGAGAAACAGUUUUCUAAAGCUGCUGAAUGUUUACAGGUAAAUUUGUAAUUAUAUGUAGCAGUACAGUUUCAAUAUACAUUUCAAUCAUAUAUUAUGUAAUGGAAAAAUUCAUAUAAUUUUUUCCUGUAAUAUUAUUUAAUAUUAAUAACUAUAAUUAAUUUUAAUUAAAUAAUUACAGUUAAAUAUAAGUAUAAAUAUAAUUAAUAUACAUAAAUAAAUGUAAAUUGUAAUUAUAUUUCAAUCAAUUGUAUUUUUAUGUUUAAUUGUUUUUAUAUAAAAUGUACUUUGUACUAUAAUUGAACCAUAAAGUGUGUAAUUAUGAGAGAAAUUUAAAUAUACAAUCAUUAGCAUCAUA